AACAGCUUAAAAGGGGGCAUUUGAGAUCUUCCCAUUCACACACACUGACAGACACACGUUACAGAAAAGAGGAGUAGUUGCUUUCUCCUUUCGGUGCAAAUUUCAUUAGAGAAGAAGAGAUGGGUAGCAGUUACUUUGGAGAGCCAAGCUUAGGAAAUGGAAGAGCUGGUGGGUCUUCAAGGAAAAACAAGAAGACCAACUCAGACAAACCAAAGCAACCUCAGAGAGGCCUUGGUGUUGCUCAAUUAGAGAAGAUCAGAUUACACAAUCAAAUGAAUUGCAACUAUCUUCCUUCUCUUCACAAUCCCUAUCACACUCAUCUCAACCAGGAAGAGGAAGUGAGGUUGGGAACCACAUUUACCUCAGCACCAUCAUCAUCAUCAUCUUUUCCUUAUUCUUCAUCAUCAGCCCCUUUAGUUUUUCACCAAAACUUCGUGAUGGGUAUGGGAGAGAUGGAAGCUAGAGAUUUCAGAUAUGGUGAUUCACAGUACUCUAAUGUUACAGCUAGAGGGAACAACAAUGGUAUCUCAGAGAUGACUCAAUACUCCAUGCACCCUACUGAGACUAGACACCUGAUGAAUCAAAAUGUAGAGGAUUCAUUACAAAAGAAGAGAAGAAAAGACCGACGCGAUUCAAUGGGGUCAAGCAGUCAGAAUUUGGAUUCAAAUGAUCAAAGGGAAAUAGACCUAGAGCUUAAACUAUAGCUCUCAUCUGUUAUUUCUAAAAU